UUCACCAUGGAGUUGCGUUCCAUUCACCUUAUGUCCACGCAGCCAUUAUCAUCGCCUUUCGAACCUCCUUCCAAAUUCCAUUACUGCUCCAGCAACUAGAUCUGCUCCUGGCACGCAUCAUCGAUGCUUUAGAUGCCACGAGCGAACUGAUCGAGCGAACGGAAUAUCAUGGCCACCGUCAAGAUGGCGAUCUCCUCGAGAGACAGCACGUCUAUCCUAUAUUCUGCACAGACAGUGGCCGGAAAAUUCUGCCACACCUUUACCUUCUUCGACCGCAUCUCUGAUGAGACCCUCGAUACACUCGUCGGUCUUUGUGCAGGCCGUGGUGCUUUACUUUGCAUCGAACGAAAGCAGUCUGCGAAGCUUAUCACGCGCCUCUCUGCUACACAGACGCCUGCCCCUAUCCUCGAUGAUGCAACCUGGGCAGCUCAAGUCGGUGGGAGUAUUGUCGGAGAGAUCGAAGGUCACCGCAGCCACCUCACUCCGUGGGCAGAACCAAAUUUUGGGGUCAAAUUUCUCUACCGCCGAGCAGCAGAUGAGACGGUCUCUAGCAAGGAUCCGAAAUAUCCCAUCUACCCACACGACGGCGCCCUCUAUUCGGAACUGCUGAAAUGGAAGACAUCUAAGUUGUUUCUUCGCCCGGCAGCGCCCACAGCCAAAUCAAGCCCAGACUCACUCCCCGUCUCCUCGAACCUUCCACGGACUCCACUUUCAACGCUGCCGCCCAGCGACAGCACCUCCAAGCAGAUCUCCCACUUGCCAACAGCCACCGAUUGCCCGCGCCGUCCAACACCCCUUAUAGUCGUUACACCCAUUACACCACCAACAUCUCCGACUGCAGGUGAAUCCUUCAGAGUUCGUGAUGAUAUUAUGGACAGGUCCAAUUCUUGCCAUCAACAAAUCCCCACAAAGAUACCGAAGCAUUCACCUGCAUCUUCUGCUCUUCUUUCAGUCCUUUUCUCCGAAGAGAAAGAACGGGGAUUGAAUCGCCGCAAGAGAGCUGGUCGCACCCAACCAAACCCGAAGUAUGCCGAGGAGAAUUCCGAAGUCAAGAAUAGAGAAGAGACCGGUGAUGAUAGCGGAUCUUGCAUGGACUCGUUUGAGGUAGCAGCAAUGCGUAGGCAACAAAACCAACGUCUUCAGAGAAAGGGUCUUGCACCUCCGACUGAAUACGAGGAAAAUGUCACCGACCGCAAACCCAACAAACCACAAGCUCGACCAGUCAAGGUAGGAAGAGCUACGCGAGGUCCACGAGUUCAUUUCCGAGAGCGUGAACCUCCAAGACGCAGAGCCCCGGCUCGAGCCAUAGAGAACAACGCCGUAUGAAUGGAUGCGAGACGAGGAAUCGAGAUGGUGGCUGAUGUAGCGAGACGAGAGCAUGGUUCGGCGGUUUGAGUGGGAGCCAGAUUCCCGGGUGACAUGACAUGUCUUUGGGGGCGUGAGCAUUGAGCUAUAGAUUCAUGAGACGUGGAGAGACAACAAUAUUAAGGACCGCUUUCAUAUAUGCGUCCAAGCAGUGUUUGUGUCUUACAAGAAAAAUACCCAGAUCCUCCCGGAGACAACAGUGGCAUCUAAGCACUGUGUAGUCAUCGAG